ACGCGGAGGAGGGCACCUGGGGAGGCAGAGAGGGAGCGCCGGCCGAACCCGGGGGCCGCAAGCACACCGCAGUCGCCUCGGCCGCGGGAGCGACGCCAGCCCAGAGCGACCCGAGCCGCCCGCCCCGGACGGACGGUCCCACGCGCCGCGGGCCGCCCCGGGAGCCGUGUGCCGAUCUGCUCUCUCUCCACUUGCUGCAAUGGCUAGCCUGCUAACCACGCCUUCUCCAGAAGAAGAACUGAUGACCACCCCAAUCCUGCAGGCCACUGAAACCCUGUCCCCAGAAGCUGAGGCCAGCACGGCACUCAUAGCAGUUGUUAUCACCGUGGUCUUCCUCACCCUGCUCUCAGUCGUGAUCUUGAUCUUCUUUUACCUGUACAAGAACAAAGGCAGCUACGUCACCUACGAACCUGCAGAAGGCGAGCCCGGUGCCAUCCUCCAAAUGGAGAGUGACUCAGCCAAGGGCAGGGAGAAGGAGGAAUAUUUCAUCUAAUGAUUUCCGGGCCCCAGGGAGCUUACCCAGGCUCCAGGGCUCACACACUAUUUAAUUUAUUAGGUGAAAGUUUUAUCUGAAACCAGUGAGAAGCACUGAUCGGUAGGGGCAAACCUGAGCUCCUUCUAGGACACAGGCCCAAAUGAAUGCCAGCAUCACCGACACCAGGGACAAGGAGAAAACUGCUUACGACGUCUUUCGCCAGUCCUUUCUAAUAUAGUGGGUUUCCGUGGCUGCCCAGCAAGGUGGAGCUAUACCAGACAACAUGAGUCUGUGUCCAGUCAUCUUCCAGUUUUUCAAGGUCAAAGGGAAGGAGAGUUAACAGUCGCUGGCUGCUCCUCUGUCCCCUACCUGGUCAACUAGUUGACAGCCUGAGCAGAGAUCGUGUCGGUAACAAGCUCUUGCCAGGUGCUGGGUAACAGGCCAGACCAGCAGGGGCAGGAGACUAUGGAAACCUCACCUCCUGAUGAAUUGUGCUACAUCUCCUGAGCCUUUUUCCUUUCCAUAUUCCCCAACAACUUUACACUGAUGGUAUUUUUAUCACAAUUAAAAAGGUUCAUUGAUAAUAGA